CAGCGCGAUAACUUUGUGCAUGCAAAAUGCAAUCGCAAGCUAGGGUGGUCCCGGUAUUACUUUUGUUGACUGCGUCCUGGGCAGACAAGCCGCAUCAUCCGCAACCCGGAACAAUCCCGCUAACACCAGAACAAUUAAAGCACCAGCCGAAAUUCACCGUUACUCACCAUCAUCGGGCUGUCGGUACGAUUCCGGAAUGCUUUGAUGCCCGGGAGAAAUGGUCGCAGUGUAAGAGCAUCUCGGAUAUUCGUGACCAAGGUCGUUGCAGCAGUUGUUGGGCUGUGGCAUCGGCCAGCGUGUUGUCCGACCGGAUUUGUAUUUCCGAAUUAGCGGCCGGUAAAGAACCCAGCCAGACGUACGUGUCGGCGUCGUAUGUCGCCAGCUGCAGUUUUGAACGCGCGAAGAAGAACGGUCAUGACAACUGUGUUACCGGAGGAACCCCGUCGAAUUUCUUUCGAUGGGCCGCCACCCGCGGCUAUAUAACCGGAGGCAGUUACAACAGCCGUGUGGGUUGUCAGCCCUACCCAGUUGUCCCAUUAAACCAGCAUGGGGCCAGCAACUUUACGUGCGCGCCCACCUGCACCAAUCCAGAUUACGACAGAAAGGCAAUUGUCGAAGACACUGCUUUCAUUGACAGUUUCUACGUAAGUCCUUUGGUGAACGCGUCUGGUCAAGAGGCCCGAACUCAGGAAAAGAUCGAUGCCCAAGUUCUCCGCAUACAAACAGACAUUUUAGCCAACGGCCCAGUUGUGGCUUCCAUAAACGUGUAUGAAAGUUUGUAUAAAUAUAAAUGGGACCCGGAAGCAGGUGCUUACCGAGGCGAACAUAACCAAAAGGUCAAACCAACAACCACAACCCACUCUGUCCGUAUCGUCGGUUGGUGCAAAGACGACAAUGGCGUUAAGUACUGGAAAAUUCUUAAUUCCUGGGGUAAAAAUUCCCGUGUGCCUGGUGGUGGUGAACUGAAGUUUGAGGUGGGGAAGAAUGUGGCCGAAAUCGAAGAGCGUAUUGAGGCACCGAUUGUUUCGAUCCCCAGCACGUGUGCACCGAUCUGUCAGUCCCGCAUUACACAGAUUAUCCGCCAAAAUCCCGCUGAUUUUACCUCACCGAUUUAUGCUUUCUACGGAAACUGCGUCAUUAAAAUCGGCGUGAACAACGGCGGUCAGAUAUCUCCAAUCGAUAAACCGCAAGCAAUCGGCAAGGUUUUCGUCGCCGCUCCCGCUGGACCAAUUGUAAAAUGGAAGACUAACGGCCGCCAAAAGGGCGAAUUCUUGAUUAUUAAUCCGUUCGGUCAAGCAGGGGUGUGCACCCCGGUGAACAGUUCAUCCAAAUUCGACUGUUUUGCCGGCACAACGACCGGCAACGCAACAGCCUCCACCGUGGUGGACGAGGAUUACUGGGAACUAAAGUCAUCGCAACUGAACAGCAUCUUCGUACGUUCCUCCGAUUUCACUGAGUAUCGUCUGAACAUUGGCAAAAGACUGGCCAACCGGUUCACUGUUGUUGACACCAUGCUAAAUAUUGACGGCCGUACGAUUCUAGUUUGUGGUUUGGAUAAACAAGGAGAACCAGCGUGCUCGACCAUGAAUGUAGCCGAUAAAAAGAUGCCCGUGUCUCCAUCCAAGCCUUUGUCAUCGGUCUUUGCAUCCUGUCAACCGCAACCUUAAAGACUAGCGAAUCCUAUCAUAAUCAGUUUCUCUUGAGCAAUAAAGACAGAUUGGUAUAAUUAUUAAAUGGAGCAGUUGUUUCGUCAAACUUAUGGUCGAACGGCCUCGUAUGCCGCCGCUGUCUCUUUGACGGAUCGAGGGAAAAUGUACUAAUA